AGUCGCUUAGCUACAUUUAGUUUGUUGCAACAACUGCACUAACAUGAGGUUCAUUUUAUUGCUGUCACUACUCGGAAUUUUUCCAGUUUCGCACAGUGCUGUCAAAUGCAGAGCAGCCCCCAAGUCCUUACAGAACGUUCAGGUCUGCUGCCCAUUGCCACUGCCCAAUUGGGGCGCCUACAACAGCGAAUGUGGCCGAUCUGGCAUCCAGCCGAGCUGUCGCUUGGGUUGCAUCUUCAAUGCCACAUCGGCGCUACAAGGCAAAGUGCUGAGCACAAAGCAUGUGCGUCCUAUGUUGGAGAGAGCCUAUGCGAAUCAGCAGGAGAUCAUCGAUGCCUAUGAUGCAAACUUUGCCAGCUGUGCGACGAUGGUGCACAGUAAAUAUCAGGAGCUCACCUUCAGUCAGAGCGAUGCCUGCGAUCGUCAUGCUCUGUUCUACAGUCUGUGCGCCUACUCGAAACUGAUGCGACGUUGCCCCACCAACGUGUGGCAGGCGAACAACAAGAAGUGCCGCGAUGCGCGUGCCUAUAUGAAAAAGUGCGCUUGGCCAGCGCUCAAGAUGUUCAUGAAGAGCACAUAGAAUAAACGUUUAAAUCAGCGCAGUUUUAUUGCCAAUAUAAUCGGCCAAAGGGCGUGUUAU